UUCAUUAACAUACAACAAUGUUUAAGUACUAUAGUUUUAUUCAAAAUGACACGGAGAUGGAUUAGACUUUUAGUUGCAGCGUUAAUAUUCGGAACAGCGCUUUUGAUUGGGGUAAUCUCAAUUGCUUCAAACAGAGAUGUUGAAAAUAAAGCGUUUACUAAAGAGUCCUACCUGGAUAUGAAACAUGCUUUACUUCAAAUGAAAAAUGAGAAUCUCGAGCUUAAAGUCCAAAUUGAUAAACAAAAGGAGCAGUUUUCACCAGAAAUUAAUUUAGAUACCAGUAUAACCAGUGAUCAAAUUAAACCAUGUGCCAAAGAUGACUCCAUUCUAUUCAAACGCUGUGAAACCAUUCAUGUUGCUAUUGUAUGUGCUGGCUAUGAUGCCACAAGAGCAGUCUCAACGCUUAUCAAAUCCUUGCUUUUUUAUCGCAAGAAUCCUAUUCAUCUUCAUUUUGUAGCUGACAGUAUAGCCCAUAAGAUUCUAAACACAUUGUUUCAUUCAUGGGAUAUUCCUCAUGUUAACUUCAGUUUCUAUUCUGCUGAUAACUUGACUAGUGAUGUGGCUUGGAUCCCAAACAAACAUUAUUCUGGUGUUUAUGGGCUCUUAAAGCUUACACUGCCAAAAGCACUGCCACAGUCAGUAGAAAAAGUUAUAGUUUUUGACUGUGAUGUCACCUUCUCAGCUGAUGUUGCAGAUCUCUGGUCAGUUUUUUCAUUGUUUUCAGCCAAUCAGGCAAUUGGACUAGUAGAGAAUCAGAGUGAUUGGUACUUGGGGAAAUUGUGGAAGAAUUAUGAGCCGUGGCCAGCAUUAGGCAGAGGGUUCAAUACUGGUGUCAUAGCAAUGGACCUGAAGAAAUUACGUUCGUUGAACUGGAGUCAGCUUUGGCUGCUGACAGCUGAAAAGGAUCUAGUCAGCCACUAUUUCACAUCACUUGCUGAUCAGGAUGUUUUCAAUGCUGUACUUUUCCAAGAGCCUUACCUCGUCUAUCGCCUGCCUUGCCAGUACAAUGUCCAGUUAUCCGAUAACACACGAUCAGAAUCGUGUUACAGUGAAGUCGCCGAUUUGAAGGUUAUUCACUGGAAUUCUCCAAGGAAGUUAAAAGUCAAGAACAAGCACAGUGACUUUUUCCGUAAUUUGUACUACACAUUUGUGGGCUUUGAUGGAAAUUUCCUACGGAGGCAGCUUUUCCAUUGCAAUGAUUCUGGUAUGAGUCAGUCACCCAUUGACGAUCUUCCGGUGGAAGACGAUGCCUGCUAUGAACUGCACAAAGCUCGUGAUGCCAAGUACCGAACGCAUCUAUUCUACUUGACCUACGACGCCGGAAAGAUAGACGAACAUGACAUCACUUGGGUGGCUCAGCUGUCUCUCGAUAGGUUGCAAAUGAUUGAACCCCUUUGCCGCUUGUGGGAAGGGCCCAUAAGUCUUGCCCUCUAUUUGUCUGAUAUGGAAGCCGAUCAGUUCCAUUCGUUUGUUAUGGACUCGCAUUUCCUAAGUUCCAGGACCAACAUUGGCUACCACGUUGUUUACAAACAAGGAAGUUUGUAUCCCAUCAACUUGCUGAGGAAUGUGGCUCUAGAACAAGUCAGCACUCCAUUCGUCUUUCUCAGCGAUAUUGAUUUCCUGCCGAUGCCGAAUCUCUAUUCCACAUUGAAGAAAGCUGUUCAAUCGCUCAAACUGGCAAAUGAAAAUAAGGCUUUGGUGGUUCCAGCUUUUGAAAGUCAACGGUACCAAACAAAAGUGCCCCGUUCUAAAGCUGAGGUAAUUGCCGCUCUGGACAUGGGCGACCUGUUGACCUUUCGUUACCACGACUGGGCCUUAGGACACGCUGCCACCAACUUUCCCAUGUGGAGGACGGCCACUAUUCCUUACAAAAUUAAAUGGGAGCCGAAUUUUGAACCGUACAUUGUGGUCAGACGGGACGUGACACGCUACGACCCUCGCUUCCUAGGAUUCGGAUGGAAUAAAGUCUCGCAUUCGAUGGAGUUGCACGCCCAGCGCUACGAAUUUCAAGUUUUGCCCAACGCUUUUAUCAUCCACUUACCUCAUUCGCCGAGCGUCGACAUCUCGAAAUAUCGGAGCUCCGCCCAAUAUCGAAAGUGCUCCGAAGCCCUGAAAUCGGAAUUUAUCCGCGAUUUAAAGAAGCGCUACGAUUCCUAGUUAAUAAAUACUUUUUUUCUAAAUUAUAUUAGACAAACUCCUUGCCCUAAAUUGUUCUUGUUUUGUAACACGGAUCCGUUUAUUCUCGUGUCCAUUACACAAGAAAUACAAAUCUUCAUUUUCGACAA